AAUGCACGCACGUUUGUUCUGAUUUUGCGCGGACAUACUCAAAGUGCCUCACUUCUGUUUGCUUUGCUACUCACUUGAUUUUCGCUGAUUCUAAGACUAAGGUGCACCUACAAAUAUGUUUCGCUCCAAGCUACUUCAUUGCCUCAUAAUACUGGCGUUGACAAGGCACAGCCAGCAGGGUUUCCUGUUUGGACAGCCUUGCUCUUCGAGGAACACCAUAGAGUUGAAGAUGGAUAAAGUCGUGAUGCCGCGCGAAGUCCAAUGCGUCAUGUUAACAGACGCGAAUCCGAAAUUGGUUCAUGCUUACAUACAUUUCAUCGAGAACGCGACGACGUUGUACGCGGAUCAUCUGAACUUCAAGAAAAUCCCCUUUUACAUCACUAAAGCUAUGAGGAAUCUGGAGCUGAUAGAUCUCUCGUACAAUCGUAUCGGAAAGGUGCACCCUAUGAUAAUCAGUAGGCACAGGAACUUGGAUAAAUUGCUGUUGGACGAUAACAGGAUUACGAUGCCAGCAAAUGAACGUUUCCUGGAAUCAUCCUCUCUGAAAACCUUGAGUCUCAACAACAACUGGAUCGACCAGCUCUACCACGAAUCCUUCAUGGAAUUGCCUGGUCUUAGAGUGUUAUCACUCCAAGGAAAUCAAUUAACCGCGAUUUACAAGAAGGCUUUCAAACCUCUGAAGAACCUGAAAUAUCUGAAUCUGGCCGAUAAUAAGUUGAUCCGACCGCCAAACGUUUACUCGCCGAGGCUGGCUAAAAUUAACAUAGUUUUACACGGAAAUCCAUUCAUGAAUUCCACCGUGUAAACGUCUAUAUUUAAUUGUAAUUGUUGUCGUUCGUGCACUUGGCUUAGUCAAACCUCAAACUAUGAUCUGAAGCUGCACUAACCAUGUUUCUCUUUUUCGUUCCUGUUACUUUAAUAUAUUAUUAUUUUUUUUAGUUGAUAUAUAAAAGAAUAAAUAAAAAUAAAAAUCUGAGUUAUGUAAUGAAUCUAUGUGGACUACAGUAAAUCAUUGGUUAUGCCCGUUCCUCGUCGGCCUAUAAAUCAAAAUGUAACGUUGGAUGUCCCGCAGCAAACUCAUGACCCGGAUUUUCUUCAUUUGUAUUUAUUGCUUCCCGAUUUUCCAAUCCUUACUAUACACACAUAAAACUUCGCCGAAGAAUGCUAAGCGUUCGCGACGAUUCCCAACGAAAAGAUACAUAUGCGAGAUGAUAAAAUAAAUAAAGACGUUCGAGGCUCAUGGAAAUUCCAAAUGUCUUGAAAUAAAUUGUGGACUUUCAGAAAAUAGAAAUGUUGUCGUCGCGUUUAUCUAAUGAUAAUUGAAUUAUAAUAAUGCAAACAGUAUUUUAUAACUUUUUACGUAUUAUUGAUAUGUAACUACAGAAAUAAAUGCAGA